AUGGCGGAAAAAGAGCUAGACCAGGCUUAUUUAACACUAAUUCGCAAUCCCUAUUCGAAAAACCGCCAAGGCUAUGACAGAUUUCCCGUUCUCAAAACAAUUUUGGAUGAUAUUGGCAAUGUUAUUGAGCUUGCUGACAAUGUCCUCCAGGAUCUAAACAGUUCUGUCACAAAUAUUUCGAAUACGGCGACUCCAGAAUCACGAGAUGAAAUGUCGAGCUCAUUCUCCGUGCAAGUCCAUCUUUUGCAUUCAUCGUUCCUGGCCGCUUUCUCGGACAUUUUCCAUAGAGCUGUGAAUAUUUCACCGAAAUGUCGAACUCUAAUGAGUAUUUGGGAUGGACUGGGAGGAUAUGCGUGUGAUUGGAUUUCAGCACCAGCCCAAGGUUUAUGGGUUGCAUGCAGUAAGGUGGGGGUCGGAAGGAAUAAUGAUGUGCAAGAAUUUUAUUUUAUGUUAUUGCCGCUCUCGAUUCAUCAGCCAUCUAUCAUGCAUUUUAACCCGGCGUCGUUCUUCGACGAGUAUGCUGAAUCAACACGAGAACGUUCCUUCGGAAGAAAGAUUACUCAUAAGAAGCUUGAUUAUGUGCAUCGAAAACUGGGCCAGCAUCGAGGAACCCCUAAAGACGACACGUAUGAAGAAAUGUCACAUUCACCACGAGGUUCAACAACGACCGCCGCCGCCACGACCACUCCUUCCAGUGGUGCUGUACCUGAGAAGAAAGACCCGUCAACACCCACCGCCAAUAAACCGACUGAUGGUAGCGAAGGUUCCGAAGAGGCUGCGAAGAGGUCUAGAUCUAAAGAAACCACUUCAAAUGUCUCAAAGGAAACGACUUCGAAUGCUUCGAAAGAAACGCUUUCGAAUACCUCAAAAGGAACGAUUUCGCAUGAGGAGAAGGCGCCAGAAUAA